CUUCUUUUCACUGAUUACCUGAACUGUCAGUCCUGAGUAUUUCACUCCCUUCCCUCACAAUUACAUCACCAGGGGUGUAUAAAAUCUGACCAGGUGGGGAGUGAAAUAAAGCAGUGUCUGGAGUACUGAGAAAGGUAUAUCUGAUCAUACCAUGGCUUCUAAUGGAAAAGACACAACUAUGGCAUCCCCAGAGCAUGGGGAGGAAGAGCAACAGACUGUCUUGAGGAGGGUGGCCAGUCUACCUUUAGUCAACUCUGCCUAUGAUCUGGCUGCCACUGCCUAUGCUUCCACCAAGGAGAGCCAUCCCUAUGUGAGGUCCAUCUGUGACAUGGCAGAGAAGGGAGUGACCUCCAUAACCAAUGCUGCAGUUAGCAGUGCACAGCCAGUUGUAACUAAACUUGAACCUGAGGUGACAACAGCAGAUGAGUGUGUUUCUGAAGUUCCUGACAAAGUGGAGGAGAAUCUACCAAUCCUUCAACAGACUGCUGAUGAGGCUACAUCUGAAACGCAGGAGUUGGCCUCUUCCAGACUGACAGAUGUCAAGGAGACCAUGAUCAGAAUGGUAGAUAUGACCAAAGAGGCUGUGCAGGACAGUAUGAAGACCACUAAAUCAAUGGUCACUGACAGCAUGAGCACAGUUGUGGAAUCAAGAAUGGGCCAACUGGCCAUAAGUGGAAUGGAAGCAGUGCUGGAGAGAUCUGAAGAGCUCUUGGAUCACUAUCUUCCCAUGACAGAUGCUGAACUAGCUGAACUUGCUGAAUCUGUGGAAGGGGCUGAAGUGUCUUCAGCACAACCACAAGAACAUCGGAGUUACUUCGUGCGUUUAGGGUCCUUGUCGACCAAACUUCGCCAACGUGCCUACCAGUAUUCCCUAAACAAGAUGAGACAUACCAGUCAAAGCAUCAGAGAGGCUCUUUCCCAGCUUCAUCAAACCAUGGGACUGAUUGAAUACCUUAAGCAAGGUGUCUCUCUCCAAGAAGUCCAGGAGAAGUUCCAUCACAUAUGGUUGAGCUGGAAUAAGGAGCAGCCAAAAAGCAGUGAAAUGAAGGAUUUGGCAAAACCAGAGAUGGAGUCUGAGACUUUGGCUAUGUCCCGCAGCAUUAUCCAGCAGCUGCAGGAUGCCUGCCAGAUGCUAGUAUCCAGCAUUCAAGGUCUCCCCACCAACUUUCAGGAUAAGGUGAAACAGGUGUAUCACAACAUUGAAGAGCUUCAUGCAUCCUUCUCCACUGCCCAUUCCUUCCAGGAUCUCUCCAGCAGCCUCCUAACCCAGAGCCAGGAGAUGGUGACCAAGGCCCAGGAACAUGUAGAUGAGCUGAUGGCAUACGUGAUGAAGAAUACUCCUCUGUCUUGGGUUGUGGGACCAUUCAUCCCAUCUGGUAAGGUGUCUGCAGACUCCAUCGAACCACAAAACCAAGAAAAUGAGGCUGAGGAAGCCUCCAAGUCUAAGGAGGACCUGUGACCUAGAAACCUGAAACUUCAACUUCUAAGGAAGAAGGCAAAUUCAUUUAGUCUUCCUUCUGACUUCGUGUGUACUGUCAUACUUCAGGAAAGACACCAGUGGCUAGUACUAAUAUGCACUGUGCCUAAAUCUCUACUAAUUUCUGGAGGUGUUGUGUGACUGCUAUAAUGUAGAUCACUUCUCAGCUCAGAUACUACUUGUUUGUGCUAUCACUGUCUUCAAAAUAAAAUGCCACUGCAUUUGAAUGAA